AUGUCGCGCUCGAUGUCGGUCUGCUCCGGGGACUGCUCAAUGUCGCGCUCGCCCCGCGCACGGCGCACCGAGGACGACGCCCCGCCCACGGACUGGCUGGGCGAGCUGCCGCCGGAGCUGCACCUCCGCAUCCUCGAGGGCGUCGACGACUUCUCCGACUGCGCCGCCUUCAGCCUCGCGUCGCCACGCCUCGGCCUCCUCGCCCUGCGCAGCGGCCUGGCGCGCUUCAAGGACCCCCUCUUCGCCGUGGCGAUGCGGCUGCUGCUCAUCCAACGCUUUGCCGGUGCCUUCGUCACGGUGUCGGCAACGCUGAACGAGGGCACCCUUCGCGCCUACACCGCCGACCGCCGCGCCAGCGCCGACCACUUCCCGUGGCUUGCGAGGGUGAGCCCGGCGCUCUGCCUCUCGUCGGAAGUGACGGGUGCUGGCGCGAGUCGCGCCAAAUACUGGAGACUGCGGCGCGGCGACGCGAAUGGCGCGAAUCUGCGGCGACGCCUCUUGCAGUCCGGCCAGGUGCAGCACUACGAGGGCGAGAAAGGCGCGGAGCGGAAGGUGCGCAUGGAGACUGCCAACGGCAACGUGCUGCACUACGAGGGCGAGCGGGGUGCGGAGCGGCUGGUGCGCACGGUGUUUACCAGCGGCAACGUGCAUUACUACGAGGGCGAGAAAGGCGCGGAGCGGAAGGUGCGCGCGGUGUUUACCAACGGCCAGGUGCAGCACUACGAGGGCGAGAAAGGUGCGGAGCGGCUGGUGCGCACGGAGUUCGCCGACGGCGAGGUGCAGUACUACGAGGGCGAGAAAGGCGCGGAGCGGAAGGUGCGCGCGGUGUUUACCAACGGCCAGGUGCAGCACUACGAGGGCGAGAAAGGUGCGGAGCGGCUGGUGGGCACGGAGUUCGCCGACGGCGAGGUGCAGUACUACGAGGGCGAGAAAGGUGCGGAGCGGUGUGUGCGCGUAGUGCCACGCGCGAGCGAGGACAAGGCGGCCGCGGAGAAGCGGUACCAGGCCAUGCGAGUCGCAGAGCUGAGGAGCGAGUGCGAGCGCCUCGGCUUGGCCACCACCGGCGUCAAAGCAGCGCUCGUGGCGCGCCUCCUGGCGGCCUGA